ACUCGUGCGACGGCGAUCGUGCCGAGGGCCGAGAUAGGUUUCAGUAUAGUAAUAAUAAUAUUACCAUUUGCCAUUUAUCAUUAUUAUUACAACAGUUUCGUUUUCGUAUGCGUUGCAUUAGUGCACUACGCUUUACGCUUCUGACCGACUUCACACGCACAACUUCGCUGCACACCUCACCACACACGUCGAUCAUCAUAAUAUUGUAUUAUUGGACUUAUUUUCCGUUUUUGCCGACGUUGUUGUCUCGUCUCACGCGCGUCCCAUGAAACGAACGCCACUGUUGAUCGUCCACUUAACAGACGCCGUCGCCGCGCCACGACCGCCGCGUUAUUGAGUAUCGGCUAUUGCACCUUGGGGACGACGGACGCUAUGAAUCGCUGUCCCGCGAUGAAUUCGCAGUACGAUGUCGAGCGGCGGUCCCGGUGCCCGGCGGCGGCGGUACAUAAGCCGUCGCCCGACACCGAUGACUUGCACGCUUGUGAGCGAAUUGUCGUCAUGUUCGUACAGCUCAAAAACUACUUGGGCUCGUAUUGGCUGGUCCCAUGGUUUUUCGUCUACAUCUACCCCAGCAUACUUGUCUAUGAAUCUUAUGGUUUUGCUGGGCCUUUCGUUUAUUGCAACAUUGUUCAAAUUCUAUUUUUCAUUGUAUUUGAAUUUUGGGAUGAAAGUUUCAAUUGGACACCAUUACAUGAUACUGUAAGAACAUAUUCAUCACAAAUUCUUGGACAUCAACUCAUAACAAAAAGUGUCGAUGAAAUGAUUUUGUUUUGUAUUUGGGUUUUUUCUUGGGCUGCAGUCCCUUUUAUAUGUUAUGCAAAUGAACAUAUAUUUGAAUUACCUAUUGAUCGUCUGGAACGGUUAACUUCUUAUGUAUCUAUGAUGACUGUUACAUUUGUAAUGGCUUAUGUUAUCAUUUUACUUUGGAUUGACAUGAAUUUGUUGGAGAUAAAAUCAAGUAUAAAUAAUCCUAAUCCAAAUUCAAAAGUAUCAUCAUAUAAUUAUGACCUUAUAGAUGAUUUAAUUGAACCUGACGACAUACCUGAUUUGGAAACUGUGUAUGAUGAUAUCUCUAUUACCAGUGAAUUCAAAAUUGAUAACUCAUUUCUGAACUUUUCAGAAGCAGUAAAUGAAAAUACUAUUGAAAGUGAAGAAUUUUGUAUUACUUCAAAAGUUGAACAAGGCGAAGAAGCUAAAGAACAAGAAAUGGAUGUUAUAUCUUUGUCAUCGAGUACAUUAAGUGACUUUGAUGUAAUAACUGAAGAGGAAAUAGAUUUACUUAAGUAGUGUUUUUUUUUUUUCAAAAAUAUUUCAUAGCAUAGAAAUAUUGCUUUUUGUAAGCAAAUAAAAAUAAAAAAUAAAUAUUUUGGUAAUUAAAUCUUAGACGAGAAUAAUUUCUCUUUAGACAUUUGAUCCAUUAAAUUGAAGCUUGUGACAUAUAUUAAUUUAAGUUCCUAUUUUGUGUGUUUAAUAUACAAACAUAAAAGAGAACUUUUUUUUAAUUGGCCUUAUAUUUAUGAGAAGUCUUAGCUCAAAUAUUGUAUUCCAUGUCAUUUUGAACUUAUGUAAUAUGAAACUUUUUGGUUUCUAUAUGCUGAAUCUAUAUGAAUAUGGCUAGUUGACUUGUACAGUAUUCUUAUUUUUGAUGGUAUAUUCUCUUAUGAGUUAUAUUCAUCAUACAUUUACGUUAUUCUUUUUUUUCU